AUGAGAUCCUCCCUCUAUUUAUAUUUGGGACCAGAACACAAAUUUCACCUUGAAUCUCAGGAGCUGCAGCACAUCAAAAUGACUUCCUACUCGGAUAAAGGUGAAAAACACGAGCAGGGCAAGUUCAUCAGCUUUGACCACCUCACUUUCUGGGUGGGAAACGCUAAGCAGGCCGCUUCCUUUUACUGCAACAAGCUUGGAUUUGAGCCUCUGGCAUACCGCGGCCUGGAGACAGGCAGCCGUGAUGUCGUCUCUCACGUGGUCAAGCAGGGAAAGAUUAUUUACGUCUUCUCAUCUGCGCUCAAUCCUGGUAACAAAGAGAUGGGGCAGCACUUGGUGAAACAUGGAGAUGGAGUCAAAGACGUGGCCUUCACUGUAGAGGACUGUGAUUUCCUUGUGCAGAAAGCCAGAGAGCGAGGUGCCAUCAUCCUCAAGGAACCUCAUGUGCUGCAGGAUGAGUUUGGCUGCGUGAAAUUGGCCGUGCUGCAGACAUAUGGAGACACGACUCACACACUGGUGGAAAGAAACAGAUAUACAGGACUUUUUCUCCCAGGAUUCCACACUCCACUCUUUCGUGAUCCGCUCCUGGAUCAGCUGCCAAGCGGUCAUCUAGAUUUUAUUGAUCAUGUAGUGGGAAACCAGCCAGAUAACGAGAUGUUGCCUGUGGUGGAAUGGUACCAGAAGAACCUCCUGUUCCACCGUUUCUGGUCUGUAGAUGAUAAACAGCUUCAGACGGAGUUCAGCGCUCUGCGUUCCAUCGUGGUCGCUAACUACGAGGAGACGGUGAAGAUGCCUAUCAAUGAACCUGCCAUUGGUAAACGCAAGUCCCAGAUCCAGGAGUAUGUGGAAUAUUACGAUGGUCCGGGAGUUCAGCACAUUGCCAUGAACACCUCGGACAUUAUCAAAGCUAUCCGUAAUCUAAAGGAGCGUGGCAUGGAGUUCAUGUCUGUGCCAAAAACCUACUACGAGCAGCUCUACGAGAAACUAAAAAACUCGAAGGUCAAAAUCAACGAGGACCUCAGCACUUUAGAGGAGCUGCAAAUUUUGGUGGACUACGACGAUAACGGUUACCUCCUCCAGAUCUUCACCAAGCCGGUUCAGGAUCGGCCCACUGUGUUCCUGGAGGUCAUCCAGAGGAACAACCACCAGGGCUUCGGUGCCGGAAACUUCAAGUCUCUUUUUGAGGCAAUUGAGGCAGACCAGCAUGCCAGAGGGAACCUCACUGUCCUCACGCCCAAUGGGACGUCUGAGGAAAUCUAACCCAGGACUUGUUUACCAGCAUAUC